CAUUGCGACAUGCUCUGCGCGAUCUCGCGCUUAUUCCACACAAAUGACGAGUUCUCCUCCAUCGACAUGGAGAAAUCUUGAUGAGAAUGAGGCCCUCCUCCGUCGCCCGAUUCUCAAUAAGUAUCCCGGGGAAGAUACUAGGCCCACUAGCAAGAAGGAGCUGGCUGGGUGGUAUAGUUAUGGCUGGGCUGCCGAGGUGUUCGCCGUGUGCGCCAUGGGCUCGUUCCUCCCCAUCACCCUCGAACAGAUGACGAGAGAUCAAGGUGUUCUACUUUCAGAUAAGAAGACUCCAUGCAGUGCAAGCUGGCCAACUGCCCCGACGGCCUAUGCCGCGGCAGACGCCGCUGCUUCUCCUCGUGUUGGUCCUCCCCAGUGCGUAAUCUACGUUUUGGGUGUCGAAAUCAACACCGCCAGCUUCGCCAUGUAUACCUUUUCAAUAAGUGUUUUCAUUCAGUCCGUACUCAUUAUUUCCAUGUCAGCCGCCGCGGAUCACGGUGUAUACCGGAAGAAAUUUCUCUUGGCUUUUGCUCUCAUGGGUGCCUUGUCUAUGAUAUUAUUUCUAUUUCUCCUUCCUCGUUUUUAUCUCCUGGCAGCAGUUCUCGCGAUCAUUGCCAACACAGGCUUUGGUGCUUCAUUCGUGCUUUUAAAUUCGUUUCUGCCCGUCCUUGUACGCAAUGAUCCGUCAAUACAGGCAACUCGCUAUGCCGCUGCUUCAGAUGAACAAACGUAUUACACUCAGAACCCCAGCGGGAGCAACACAAUUUCUCCGGUGGACGAACCUGAACGCCUGGAUGUCAGCUCGAAUGACUCGGCACUUGUAUCAGCCGAGUUGCGACUAUCUACGAAACUAUCCUCGAAUGGUAUUGGGAUCGGGUAUAUUGCUGCGGUUUUGGUUCAAAUUGGGUGCAUCCUUCUCGUCGUUGCGACCCAUUCAACUACUUUCUCUCUCCGCCUUGUACUCUUUAUCAUCGGGUUAUGGUGGUUGGUUUUCACGAUUCCCGCUGCUCUAUGGCUCCGCCCUAGGCCUGGUCCUCCGCUUCCAGAUUCGGCAUAUGGGAAAGGCAGGUGGGCGUGGGUUAGUUAUAUCGUGUUUGCAUGGGUGUCUCUUGGCCGAACGAUCGUACGAGCUCGUCAACUUAAAGAUGUGCUCCUGUUUCUAGCGGCUUGGUUUUUGCUAUCCGAUGGCAUCGCUACGGUAAGUGGUACGGCUGUGCUUUUCGCAAAAACACAACUUGGCAUGAACAUUGCUGCCCUUGGUCUCAUAAACGUCAUCGCCAUGAUAUCAGGCGUUCUCGGUGCGUUCUCUUGGAGUUAUAUCUCACACCAUUUUAACCUUCGGCCGUCGCGUACCAUCGUAGCAUGCAUCUGUCUUUUCGAAGUUAUCCCCCUCUACGGCCUCCUUGGCUUCCUCCCAUUUAUCAAGAGGCUUGGGGUUAUUGGCCUCCAGCAGCCAUGGGAAAUGUAUGUUCUCGGAGCAAUCUACGGCCUUGUGCUUGGCGGUCUAUCAUCAUACUGUCGAAGCUUCUUCGGCGAGUUGAUCCCACCCGGGUUUGAAGCAUCCUUUUACGCUCUCUAUGCGAUCACCGACAAGGGGUCCAGCAUGUUUGGUCCGGCCAUUGUGGGUGCUAUUACAGAUCGGUACGGGGAGAUCAGGCCCGCUUUCGGGUUCCUUGCGCUGCUUAUCUUACUUCCGCUGCCGUUGAUGCUACUCGUUGACGUCGACCGGGGGAAGCGUGAUGCCAAGGAGCUUGCUGAAGCUUUAGAGGGAGUGAAAGAUAUGGGCACUAAUGGGACUGGCUAUGCUACGGUGGCCACGCAUGAGGUUGAGGUUGGAUACGAAGGAGACCGGGAAUAAAUAUAGCUGGAGAGCUAUUCUCACGUUCGCAAUCAAUAUCGGUUCAUGGUGAUCUCGUUGCUUUGU